AUGAAAAAAGGAGAACAUGGUUCAAUGAUUGAAAAACGACCAAUACCUCCAAAAAGUAUUGAAUGCAAUGUAAUAAAAGGAAGUAAAAAAGCAACAAAAAAGAAAGAUGUUUAUGAAACAAGAAAAACAAAAAAAGUUACUGAUAAUGAUCAUACUAUAAAUAAGGUUGAAGAAUUUUCAAUGCCAAUACAAGAAAAGAGUAAAAUUCAAAAACAACGUCAAAACGAAAUAAAAAAGAAAGAUUCAAUUAACCAACAAGGACAAUUACCUCUUCAAAAAGAAACACAAAGUAUAACAAAUAGUAAUAAUAAUAAAUGUAUAAAAUCAAAUGGAACAAUACAUCUUAUUAUGUUAAUGAGUAUUUUAGAUAGGAUAAGUGAUGAAGAAAUAUAUGCAUUAGGAGAGAUUGUUGAUGACCAAUGGAUGAAUGAGAUUGGAAUGAUUAUAAAUGACCCAGAAGUUAGUCCAAAAGUAGUUCAGCGUUCUUUGUUCUUAGCACAAAGUUUUCAUGAAAGAGAUUUAAUGCCAAUUAAAGAAAUUCAAAAACUAGGACAAUUAGUUGGAAAAGGACAAUAUGAAAUUAUUCUCAGUGGUUCAUUUUUUCUUGAUGAAAAUAUUAUUCAACUUAUUUUCAUGGAAAGGAGGAUUAAAGCAUUCAUAUUCUGUGAUGAGGCUAAUCAACAAUUCUUAUUUAUUGCAUCGAAUGAUGGAGUUAAAGGAAGGAUUUUAAAAGGCAACGAUGUUUUCAUGCAAAAAAUUAAUGGAAUUUGGCAAAAUUUAACAUUGCCAGAAUACAUUUGCUCAGUAAGAAUCAAAGAAAAAAACAUAAUAUGGCUCUUUGAAACUAUAAGACUCAGUGUUGAUAUGAGAAUAAGUUGUUUUGAACAGAAUAAUCAAAUACAUAUUGGAAGAUAUAUCAAGAAAUUAAUGAUUAUUACAUUUUAUUAA